AUGUUGGUUUUGGCUCCGUUUACACUCUUUGUGGCUGCGGUCGCUGCUUUGCAGAGUCCGCACCACAAGGCUGCGUCUUUGAAACAGUCGGUUAGGACUAUUAACAGGAGAGGAGCUGCUUCUAGUCAAACUGAGCAUCAGUAUUUGAAUAAGAAGACGGAGAAAUUCGCCGUCAACGGCACACACUUUCCCCAAGUGCCUUUCGAUAUCGGUGAAAGUUACUCCGGUCUGUUACCCAACACGCCUCAUGGGAACUCGAGCUUGUUCUUCUGGUUCUUCCCAUCUACCAACCCGGCUGCGAAGAAAGAGAUUACCAUUUGGUUGAACGGAGGCCCCGGAUGUAGUUCGCUCGACGGUCUGUUGCAGGAGAAUGGCCCAUUCCUGUGGCAGUCGGGCGUGUAUGAGCCUGUGCGAAACCCUUACUCGUGGACGAAACUGACCAAUGUCGUCUACAUUGAUCAGCCUGCCGGCACUGGUUUCUCCCCUGGUCCAGCUACGGUGGAGAACGAAAUUGAUGUGGCGAACCAGUUCAACGAUUUCUGGAAGAACUUCAUUGAGACCUUCAGCAUGCAGGGCUAUAAGGUUUACAUUACCGGCGAGAGCUAUGCUGGGCAAUAUAUUCCCUACAUUGCUUCUGGGAUGUUGGACCGCGAGGAUAAGAAGCAUUUCAACCUGAAGGGCAUUCAAAUUAACGAUCCCUCUAUCAACGAGGAUGAUGUUCUUAUUUAUGCCCCCGCCGUCCCAGCAUUGAACUACUUCUCCAAUGUCUUCGGCCUAAACGAAACAUUCAUGAAAGAAAUCAACAAGCGCAACGAUGAAUGCGGCUACACAGAAUUUCUAAGCAAAGCCCUAACCUUUCCCCCACCAAAUAACUUCCCAGUCGCACCAAGCUCUAGCAAACACGGCUGCGACGUCUGGGACCAAGUAGUAAAAGCAGCAACCUACAUUAACCCCUGCUUCAACAUGUACCACCUAACAGACUUCUGCCCCUUCCUCUGGGACGAAAUGGGCUUCCCAUCGCUAGCAGGCGGACCAAACAACUACUUCAACGAAUCAGCCGUCCAAGAAGCCCUCCACGUCCCACCAACAAACUACGCAGUCUGCGGAGGAGACAUCUUCCCCAAUGGCGAUGGCUCAGUCCCCAGCGCAUUAGGACCCCUCCCCAGCGUCAUCGAGCGCACGAAUAACGUCCUCCUCGGCCACGGCUGGUACGACUACCUUCUCUUCGCGAAUGGAUCGCUAGCUACUAUCCAGAACAUGACCUGGAAUGGGAAGCAAGGUUUCCAAAAGCCUCCCACUGAGCCGUUCUUCGUGCCGUACACGGAUGCUCUGGAAAAAAUUGCGAAUGGCCAUUCGAGCACGCCUUGGACUGCUGAUGCCGGUGCUGGUAUUCUCGGAACCGCACAUACUGAGCGUGGCCUUACCUUUAGUACUGUCUAUGGAUCUGGUCAUGAGAUCCCGCAGUAUGUUCCUGGUGCGGCUUAUAGGCAUCUUGAGUUUUUGCUCGGGCGCAUCGACAGCCUUCAGCAGAAGGGGUCUUUUACUGCCCUGUAG